ACUGUAGAAGAAGAGGAAGAGAGUGAAAACGAGAAUAACGGCCUGACGCAGUUAGUUGGUGGCGGUAUGAAUUAGGAUAAACCGUGGAGUAAUGGUUAACUGUAACGGACUUUGGAUGCUGCCGUCUACACCGGUGUACAAGGUCUGUGUUUUGAAUGUGGCUUCCAGGUAACCGCUAGUGUUGAAGAGGAGCCGCUCCGAGCUGUUAGUUAAAUCACUGUUAUUUUGUCUCGUUAAGAGGAAUGCAACGGCCACCGAGCGCCACUUCUCCUUAAGCCCACUCGAUGAACAUGAACUCCAUUUUUACGGCGAAACAGUGUUGUGCAUUUUAAGCUAGCAGUUAUUUUACAUCAUGGCGACCGACUUUGUAAAGACUUUUGUACAGAUGUGUAAUUACCUCCAGGACCCGCGCCAUGUAGCGAGGUUUCAAAAUAUUUGCGGCGUUAAAGGGACAUUUCCGGUUAAACCGACGGAUAGCGGAGAGUCGGAGCCGGACUGUCCCGGAGUGAGAAAAAGGGUGCAACAGGGGGGGCAGAGCUCGGACGUUAGUGUUGUGAAUGGAGCAGCCGGGGAUGCGACCGCAGCGCAGAUUAACGGGAUGCAGGGUGACAGUACCGCCAGGCCUGAUGGUCCAUCAGCUGCAGCUAAUGUUGACCCAGACACAGUCAGAGCUAAACCCCUCCGGAGAAACUCCCUGACCGGGGAUGUGGGUCAGGAGUUCCUGAUCCACAACAAGUUUCUGUUCUACCUGUUCACGUUUGGGACUGAGCUUGGCAACGAGAUGUUCUUCAUCGUCUUCUUCCCCUUCCUCUUCUGGAACAUCGACGCGCUGGUCAGCCGCAGACUCAUCGUGGUUUGGGCCUGGAACCUGUUCGUGGGACAGUCCACCAAGGAUAUGGUCCGCUGGUCCCGGCCGGCCUCCCCUCCUGUGGUGAAGGUGGAGGUCUUCUACAACUCCGAGUACAGCAUGCCGUCCACACACGCCAUGACAGGGACAGCCAUACCCUUCUGUCUCUUCAUGCUGACAUAUGGACGGUGGCAGUACCCCUUCCUCUUUGGCUUUGGUGUGGCUCUCAGCUGGAGUAUCCUGGUCUGUGUAAGCAGAGUCUACAUGGGAAUGCAUUCUAUUCUGGAGGUAAUCACUGGCUUCCUGUACAGCCUUCUUAUUUUAGCGUUUUUCCAGCCAAUUUUGGACAAGAUCGACACCUUCUACAUGACAGACCACUUUGCUCCACUCGUGAUUAUCGUGUCACACGUGAGCCUGGGACUUGUGGCUUUCUCCCUGGAUUCCUGGAGCACCUCCCGGGGCGAUACAGCUCAGGCUCUGGGCACCGGGGUGGGAGCUGCUAUCGCUACCCAUGUGAACUAUCAAUUGGGGCUGCUACUGGAUCCACCACUGUCCUCACUUCCUCUAACUUUACCACCAAUCAGCGUCGGCAUGGUGUUUCGCUCCCUGUUGCGCUUCGUCAUCGGAGUCGCCGUCAUCCUUGUCACGAGAAUGGUCAUGAAAGCGGUGACCAUUCCGUUCUUAUGUCGACUGUUUGGGCUGCCUUCAGAUGACGUAAGGCAGGCGAGGCAGCACAUGAAAGUGGAGCUGCCGUACCGUUACAUUGUCUACAGUGUUGUUGGUUUUAGUUGUGUCUGUGUGGUGCCUGUCCUCUUUAGGAUUGUAAACCUUGCCUGAGUGUUGUGUGCAAACUGUCAUAUACUGCUGACACGUUCACCUACAUGGUGAAGGCAAAGAGCACUUGGAAACAUGCUGCUUGUCUUGACACAAGAUAAAGGAUCUGUUUCUGCACUACAGAAACUCAUUUAAAGGAUACAUGUGGUGAUAUUCUAUAUUUUUUUGUAUUGUCAUUACACCUUUGUGCCAAAGAGCCCCAGUGUUGUCCAGAAACAAACACAAGUGUAUCAAUCUGUGGCUGAAAAUAGUCCACGACAGUAUUUAUUUCUAUUUCACUAUUAAUGGCCCAGAUGUUUAGGCAAUAGUUUAGCCUUAAAAAACAUUAAAAAAAAAAAAAACAUAAAAAGAAACUCUAUAUUUGUGACCCACUUUAAAAAGUUAUGUCCCAAGUAGGAACCAAUCAAGUAUUUAAACAUUUGAACCCUGAGCAAAUUGAUGCGAUUUCUUUCAAAAACAUGGGGGAAAAGGCAAUGAGCAACUCGGUAAAAUAUGUCUCAAAAAUUGCAAGAAAAAUAAUAGAAAUAAUUGUUUAAAAAUAUGGAAAAAUUAUAUUCAUAAUAAUAAUUAUUAUUACAUUUUAAAGUUUUGUUACAGAAUUAUUAUAGUUUGUAAGCACUCUUUCCAGGUAGUUUUCUUGUUUGUUUGUUUUUUACUUUAUUUUAUUUUUACUAAUUUUCUUGUUUUUAAUUUUUUUACAUUUUACUAAUUUCUUGCUAAUUUUUUGGGGCCAUUUUUUCUUUUGCUGCUCAUUGCCUUCUUCCCAUGUUUUUUUAAAGAAAUCAAGCCAAUUUACGCAGGUUUCAUUUGUUUUACCUCCGCUUAAUGUGUUGGCCUCACAGUUUAGCUCGUAACUUGUCAUGGACGUAUGUGCGCUACGUUCAUGAACGUGAAGAUAUAGCAUGCUAACAUCCAAAAAAGAGUAUUGCAGGAAAGGCAAAAGUUCUUUUCUCAUAGGAUCUCAUAGUUUAGGUAUUUUUGUUAAAAUUGUAGUAUUUUCAUAGAAUUAUAUAUAUUUCAAUUAAUUUAUUAAAUUCUUUUUUAAAUAUUUGGACAUUCCUCCGCGUACCACUAGAGGGAGCUCAGUUCCACUAGUGGCACAAAGUGAGAGCCAAUGCACUAAACCGUUGUUAGUUUUUGGCCCUUUUCUUGGGAUAUGUUGACAAUAACAACAAUACAGAACAUCACCAGCCUUAUCCUUUAAGAUCCACCUGUGGUCGACACAUUUAAGUGUUAACUGGAACUUUGCAAAUACAAGAUCUAUCAUAUGUACUGUAAUGAUGCUUGCAUUCAUUAACGAGGAAUCUGUUGUACAUUUCCAUCAUUGAGCGAAAUAUAUAACAAUAUGUUAUUGAAGUAUUCCAUGCUCUAAGAAUAAACCAAACCAUGAAUCAGUCA